AUGUGCAAGCUACGAGAAGCAAAGUUCCUCGAGCAGCAAAUGGGACAACUACCGAAAGCAAGAUUGAAACCAUCUCCAGCUUUCAACCACGUUAUGAUAGACCUUUUCGGACCCUACUCGGUUCGUGGAGAAGUACAGAAAAGAACAAGUAGUAAAGCGUACGGAGUAAUCUUCACAGAUCUAGUUAUGAGAGCAGUCCACAUUGAAGCUGUGUUCGGGUACGAUACCGAAUCAUUCCUAAUGACUCUCAGCUGAUUCGUCAGUGUUCGUGGUUGGCCCUAAAUCAUAUAUAGUGAUCCCAGAUCACAACUAAUUGGUGCGGAAAGGGAACUCACGGAAACCUGGAAGAGCAUUGACCGACAAUCCCUACAUAAAAGUGGCACAGAGAAUGGACUGACCUGGAUCUUCGGCCCCGCUGAUAGUCCUUGGUACCAAGGAGCUGUGGAAUCCCUGGUGAAGAGUGCCAAGAGAGCUAUUCAUUUCUCAAUCAAUCAAUAA